GCCACCUCAACCCGUUUUGGAGGAACAGUAUUUACUGUAGCGCCUGCCCGCAUCCAAAAUUGAUUCACGUUUGGUGUUCUCUAUUUGUGAGGACUGGUUGGAUUUACAGCGCGAACGAGAAAGUCCGGUUCCGACAGAAGAUGACACAGGAGCAUGGCAAAGAGAGGACAGUGCUGGUGCUCCACGGAGAGUCCCCGGCCUGCGUUGCCCAGCGUCAGCCGGGGUUGGUGGACGAGGACGAGGCCUGGAGGUCCUUCCUGGAGAAUCCCUUAACUGCCGCGUCCAAAGCCAUGAUGAGCAUCAAUGGGGAUGAAGACAGUGCAGCUGCCCUCAGCCUUCUCUACGACUACUACAAGGUGCCAAAGGAUAAGAUCUCCAAAGCUGGCAAAAUUGAAGCAGAUGGCGCUAGCAAUCUAACAGAUCUGGUAUCAUUUCAAAAGCCCACCCAGUCCAUGGCCACCCUCAGGACUGUGCCCCUCGGCGGCCUCCCCCACCUCAGCCCUCUCAGCUGGGAGAAAGGCUCGGCCUUCCACCCCUUCGACUCCCCACAUGGGAUCCCGUCCACGUACCUGCUGAGCCAAGAGGGGGCGUCCCAGUCUCUGCCUGUGGGGGACCCUGCUGCCCAGGGCUCCCGGUCAGAGGCCGUGGCGUUCAGCCCCAGCUACAGCCCCCUUGGCCUCCGAGCGCAGGCCCAGACGCCAGACUCCACAUACACAGAGGGACUCGCAGGGGAGAGCCAGGCUGCCUAUCAUUCUGAGGAUCUGCACCCACACGUCUCCUCCGUCUCUCCUGGGGGCUACUCUCACGUCAGCAUGCUGGACAGUCACCAGUUCGAGUACACACUGGAGGCCCCUCGCUCCACGUCACAGAAGACCAGCAGUGGUGUGAUGAGCUACAUCAACAAGGGCCACUUCUACCCCAUCAGCCUCCGCUGUCAGAGCAAGGGCAAGAGCGGGCCCCAGCCCAACACCAUUGUGCGGAGUGUUGUGAUGGUGGUGUUCCAUGACAAGUGUGUGGAGGACCAGCUUAGGUCGUGGAAGUUCUGGCACAGCAGACAGCCCUCAGCGAAACAGCACUGCAUUGACAUCGCUGACUACAAGGAGAGUGUCAGCACUGUGGCCAAUAUUGAAGAGAUUUCCUUCAAUGCUAUUUCCUUCACGUGGAACACCAAGGAUGAGCCAAGAAUCUAUGUCUCCGUUAACUGCCUGAGCACAGACUUCUCCCCCCAGAAGGGAGUGAAGGGCCUCCCCCUCAACCUGCAGAUUGAUACCUACAGCUGCAGUAACCACGGCGACCAGCUCCCGCUGCACCGUGCCUACUGCCAGAUUAAGGUGUUCUGCGACAAGGGGGCUGAACGCAAGAUCCGCGACGAGGAACGCAAGGUGCUGCGCCGCAAGGGCCGAGGCCAGGACAGCGCCAGCACAAAGACAGGUGGCAUAGGCACCUUGCAACUGAACCCUCUUGACAUCACAGUGUUCAAACCCAUGAGUGACAUGGUGACGAUGCCAGUGCUGUUCAUCCCGGAGGCGCACUUUGCUGCCCAUCAGCAACAUGGAACUCCCGUGGAGGAGGGAGACGAAAGUGUGGCAGCGACGCGGUCGCCCUACUCAGCAGAGGAGUUUGGCUUCGCUCCCAGCAAGCGAGCAAGGCGCGACGAACCCGAGAGAGUCCUGCUGUACGUGCGUCAGGAGACAGACGAGGUGUUUGAUGCCGUGUUGCUGCAGACGCCCACUCUGUUCGGCCUGCUGCAAGCAAUUUCAGACAAAUUCCAUCUGCCGGUGGAAAAAGUAUCAAAGGUUUACAAGAAAUGCAAAAAAGGGAUUGUAGUAAACAUGGACGACAACAUAGUGCAGCAUUACUCCAACGAAGACACAUUCCAGAUGGACUUAAAGGAGGACAGGGGCGCAUUCUCCCUGAUGCUGACGGAGAUCUGACCUGCAUGGGGGU